UCCAUCUAAAGAAAAAAAACUAACACAAUAAAUGCUACAAGUACAUAAAUAUAUAGCGUAUAUAUCAGAGUAUAUGUUAGGUGACUACCUUUAAUUUAAUUUAAAACGAAGAAAGAUAGAAAUGAAUGUUGCUUAUGAAUCUACAAAGGACGGUUUUGAGAGUAAUAUAACUAGAGCUUUCCCUACUCAACAAAGCCUAGCUUUUAUGGAGUCACUAACCAUGCCCCAGGUUCAGGAACUGGUUAUAUCAGCAGAUUUAAGGUGCACGGAAUGUCAGAAGAGGAUUGCAGAUAUUAUCUCUCGCUUCAAUGAAACAGAAACAAUGGUGGUGAAUUUGUCAGAGAAAAAGGUGGUAAUAACUUGUAAGUCGUUGAUGAAAGCUCCAAAGAAACAAAUCAUUAAACGUCAAACAAAUCUGUUUAGUAUGGUUGCCUUGAUUGAGCGGAUAUUUGGAUCAUCAAGGACAUAAACUUAAUGAUUCUAUACUGUACAUUGAACUUUUUUUUUAUUUUCGUUUUAUUUUUUCUGCGUGUUUAUUCUCUUUUUGUGUG